GGUCACUACACCUUUUUGCUUUGGCUUAAAAUAAGUGUUCUUUUAUAAACUCAAGAAGGAAUUAACUUUAUUUUUUCAAAUUUAUCCCUAUUUAUUCAAGGUAAUAAAUAAGCAAGAGUCUUAUUAAUUAAGAAUAGUUUAGUCAAUUUUUUUUUUCUAGAAUUAGUAUUUUAAGGAUAAGUGAAUAUUUAUUUUGAACCGGAGGGAAGAGAAUACCAUCUAGAAUGAGUAAAACCGCCGGGAACGAGCAGUGCUUGUAAGACUACUCUACACAUAUACAAAGAAGAAAGUGAGAACAAUUUGAAUGAUUCCUCCACUCAUGCGCACGUUAGCAACAGGCUCCAUUGUUAUUCUUGGUGGAGCCAUCACUAUAUCUGCACUCACCACUUCUAUCCUUCGUCGUAAAGCCUUAAUUAACAAGGAAAAGUUUGGAAAGCUUUGUGGGUAUUGUAAAGGAAAGGGAUUUUAUAAAUGUAAGCUUUGCAAAGGAAAUGCUACAAUUAGUUGGUCACCAUUAUAUGAUCCUGUUUUUGUAAAUCCAUGUGUUUGUCCAACUUGUGAUGGUCACAAGGUACAACGAUGUCUAAAUUGUUUGGGAGAUGGACGAGUAUAGUCAUGAGUGAAAGAAAGACAUUUAAUGAAGUGCACUCUACCUGUUUGAUAAAAUGACAAUGUCAACAUUUGUUAUUUAGAGCCAUAAGCAUUGCAGUUUUAUCUUGCCUCUAAGGUGCCUAAUGUUUCUAAAUUUAUGUAGUUUUAUUUUUGUUCUUGUUUGCCAUCCAAUUGGGUCGUUUCAAUUCUGGUCAUUUGUACUCCCUUUGCCCCAAUUUUUGUGUCACAGUUCGGCUUUCGAUAGUCAAACAUGUUUAGUC